CAAAUCGAAAAGUUAAGAAAUUGCGAACUCAUUUCGGAACUUGAAGUCAGGGAACUUUGUCGAAAAGCUAAAGAAAUUCUGAUAGAAGAGAGUAAUGUACAAAGAGUUGACGCGCCAGUAACAAUAUGUGGCGAUAUACAUGGACAAUUUUUUGAUCUAAAGGAAUUAUUCAAAGUCGGGGGAGAUUGUCCAGAUACGAAUUACCUAUUUUUAGGUGAUUUUGUAGAUCGUGGUUUUUAUAGUGUAGAAACAUUCCUGCUGCUUCUUGCACUCAAGGUAAGAUACCCUGAUAGAAUUACUCUGAUACGUGGUAAUCAUGAAUCACGACAAAUCACACAAGUAUACGGAUUUUACGAUGAAUGUCUUCGAAAAUAUGGUUCGAUUAAUGUAUGGCGACAUUGCUGUGAAAUUUUUGACUACAUGAGUUUAUCCGCAAUUAUUGAAGAUAAGAUAUUUUGUGUACAUGGUGGAUUGUCGCCAUCCAUCACUACAUUGGAUCAAAUUCGUAUGAUUGAUAGGAAGCAGGAAGUUCCACAUGAUGGAGCUAUGUGCGAUCUUCUAUGGUCUGAUCCAGACGAUAUUGACAGUUGGGGUUUAAGUCCUCGAGGAGCGGGUUAUUUGUUUGGAAGUGAAAUUGUUAGUGGGUUUUUACAUACCAAUGAUUUAGAGCUUAUAGCGCGUGCCCACCAAUUGGUAAUGGAAGGUUACAAAUUAAUGUUCGAUGACACAAUAGUAACUGUAUGGUCUGCACCAAAUUAUUGCUAUAGAUGUGGAAAUGUAGCAGCAAUUCUUGAAUUAGAUGAUAAAUUAAAUAAAAAUUAUAAAAUUUUCGAUGCAGCAGCACAAGAAAUUCGUGGUUUGCCAGCAAAAAAAACGGUGCCAGAUUAUUUCUUGUGA